AAGAACAAGCUUACCUAUUUAAGAAAAGCGGGAGUUAUUCCUUUAAUGCGACAUUCUAGCUGUUCACCGGAAAAAGAAGUCAUUUCAGAGGAUUUUAAUCACAACGAUGAUUAUGUAUGGUUAAAAAAUAAUAUUGAGCCGUGGAAUGAUGUCCAAUCCUGUUGGAGAAGAACAUUUUCAUUACGAAACAAAUCUUUAACAGAUGAAAAAGACGUUGCACAAAUUUACGAAGAUUGGCCAAUUCUAAGAAAUCCUUUGGGAUAUACAUUGAUCGAAGACGAUUUUAAACGAAUUUAUCCUGAAAACUAUAACAAUCUAUUAUUAAAUUUCGAACAAGUAGUCGCUAAAGUAAUCGAGCUACGACAGACACAUUUGUCAAUUCGUGACAAACCUUGGGUUGAAAUUUUUAAAUCCACUACUACUACGGAUGAUUACAAAUCAUACACUGCUCUUCUAUUGUUAUCGGCUCUAAUUCCAUGUACAACGAGAUUAGUUAAAAAGAAGAAACAAUGGAAACCUAAUUGUGACGACGCUAUCAAUGGAAUAAUUAUAAAAGUAGAGAAUAUUGGUGACAUCGACGCCGCAAUAAGACAGAGAAAGCAAGAACAUGAAAAAAGUGGUUUACCGGUUCAGCCGUAUAUGAUUGUUGAAAUUGAAGGGUUGGAUGUCAAACAAAUUGUAUGUAUCAUAAAUGGAAAUUUGUAUUUAGUUCCAUCGAUAAAGAAAGGAAUCGAUACAUGCUUUAAGUUUACAAUGGUUUUAAAUUUGAAAUAUACAGCUGAAAGUGAACAUUUGUGGUACUUUAUACAAAGGGCUAUUUACAAUAUUGAAACUAAGUACGAUCAUAAAAUUCCGGCUAUUAUUAGUAUUGUUAACCAGUUAAAAACUUUUAAAUAAGCCUGUGUGUUAGGUGCAAAGGAAUGGAAAACUUAAAGUGUGUAAUCUGCAAAAAAAAAAUUAAAUUUGACGAUUUAAUAAAUCACAUAAAGUUUUAUCACAAAUAUAGUGAAAAUUUUGAAUGUGCGAUAUGUUUUCGUAUUUACACUAAUAUUUAUGUUCUUGAAAAGCACUUUAAAAGGAUUCAUGCAAAGUUUCCACACAUAGUCGAAAAGCCCGAUUGUAAUGUCGCAAAUAGUGUAUGUAAUAAUGACGUGAUCUCUAUGACGGAAAAUGUUGCAUUUGUUGACGAUUCUAUCGCAAGUUGCGCCCCAAGUUUCUCACAAACUUCUACAGCAGCACACGAAUUAGUACAUCGUUUUGUAUCAGAGUUGUAUAACAAAAAUAUAACAAGGAAAAUUAUUCAGCAAAUAGUAGAAAACUGUAAUGGUCUCUUUUCGGAUUUCACUGAUAACAUUGUU